GAUAUUACCUUUGAACCACCAUGCUCGCGAAGAACAGGGGCAAUAGUCACAUGCCGGUCGUGGUCAAGUGAGGUUACCGUUUCGAAUCAAUUUCCGUUUCGUCUAUAUACGCGUGCCUCCUUUCAUAACUAUCAACUCUUAUUUCGUUCUUUUUUUUUUCUUUUUUUUUUUUUAUUUCUAGUCUUUUUCUAUUAAUUCUCGUUGUUUCUUUCUUUAUGAAAAUCAUGAUUAUCGGUGAAACAUUACACGGACGACGAAACGGAAUUAUCAAUACGGUAGGUGAAUGCAAAAGAAUUUAUAAAUAUUUGCUUUGAAAAAAUUAUUUUUAUUGAAAAAAAAUCUUUCAUCGCCGAACACUCGACUAUCUCACUCAGCUAAUAUAUUAUAUUUGUAGAAACUUUUUAAAAAGUAGACCAAUUUAUUAUAUUUUCUUCCUUUCUUCUUCGUUUUCUUUUUUUUUUCCUUUUUUUUUUUUUUAAAACGGAAACAUUUCGAAAAAGAAAAAGCUUAAGUUCACUUACAACAAGCGAUCCCUCUGAUAUACGAGCAGAAUUUCUUUUGGUUAUGCAAUCGCAUUUCGUGUGUACUACUUUUAUACGAAGUUCGUGUCGUGAGAUUUGACGAUAAACUUGGCAAGUUUCCCUGUUUGGUGCCUGGUUGGCCGUUUUUUAAAAGUACCGCUCGAAGAGUGAGAGAGAGAGACGCUGAUAAGUUCGUAAUAACUAAUAAUGAACCGAUCCUAAUCCGGACAUCUCCCUGUUGCUUUUGAAUAUAAAUUAGUAUAACGCGAAUAAAGGUUGGAGAAUAAAUUCUAAUCAACUCUAUUUCUUCUUAUCUCCUACAAAUAUGAACACCACAAACAUAUACUAUCACGCUUGCACACGUGAAAUUAAAAUAUCGUAAGAAUCGUUCGAUAAAUGUGUUCAUAUUGAGGGUAAUAAGGUAAGUUACCUUUCGUCAUUUAUAUUUUCUUAACACAUGAAUGAAAUAUGUCGCGUCAUUUGAAAAAUAAGAAAUGUACGGCGAUAGCAAAUAGGAAACAUCAUGAUGAACUAAGAGUCAAGAAAAUUAUAGCAUCGCUAUAAUAAAUCUUGUUGUUAGAAUGCGAUCAUUCGAUUAUGCGGAAUAUGGCCCGUAGAUAAGAUUUAAAAGCUAUAUGGAAAACGAAAGACAAGCUACAUGAAAAAAGAAACGAAAUAUAUUUUUAAUAAGACAUGUCACAAAUAAAUAAUAUGUAUCCACAGGAUAGGAACUUGUUAAAAGACUUUUAAAGAGAAAGAGAGAGAGAGAGAGAGAGAGAGAGAGAGAGAGAGAGAGAGAGAGAGAGAGGGAGAGAAAAGAAUAGGAUGAAGAGCCGAUGGUUUCAACGAGACGAGACGUAAGUAUCCGAGUUCGUGUGCUCCUUCGGCUUGACAUCUAUGACAGGAUCGACGAGCUCGGAGGGCCUGCGGCCCCAGGAAACCUCACCUAUUCCUACAAGAGAUACAUUGUUUUCUCACGAUUCUUUCGGCGAGGAACGAAGUCAGCAUCAUCAACCACGUCGAAAAAUGACUCCAUUACCACCGAGCGGUACGCCGAUACAGCUAACACCUCUUUGGGAACACGUGGUUCGUACGAGAAGAUUUCCCUCGGAAAUCGAUACACGAUUGAUAUUCGUCGAGAUAUCGGAAAGAUUGCGAGAUCCAGAAUGGGAAGUACGGCAGCACGCUCUUCGCGUUCUUAUGGACGUGAUGCCGACUCUGUCAAGCGAAAUCGUCGACGAGGUAAUGCAACCGGUGGUACCAGAAUUGUUAAAUAAUUUAGGUCAUGCAGCGCCGGCCGUUCGUAAAGGUGCCUUGGACGCUUUAAGGGUAUACCUUGUACAUAGUCUCGACAGAGAAAGGAUCGUGAAAAAUAUAUUUCGGGAUGGUUUUAAUCGACGAGACGUUCAGGAUGUAUUUCAAACGAAUCUGAUCACAGGAGUGAUCCUCAGCGCACCAUCCUUGCUAUUCCCAUCGUCGAGCGGUUCUCGUCCUAGCAAGGAUAUAGUCAAAUACGUCACAUUCUCUUUGGCCUCUCGUUUGACACAGGUCGCCUAUCAGGAAGCCAUUCUAAAGUCAUUGAUGAAGAUUCGCGAGAUUAUAGGCGUCGGAGAAUUUGACGACAUCAUUUCUGGUUGCGACGGUGAAUUGAAAAAACAUUUGGAAGUUCUCUGCAAGGUUUACAACGUGAAACCUAGCAAGAAGAGCCAAACAAAGAUAUCAUUGGACAGGAAGGAAGUUAAUAAAUUAGAUGAUGAGGUUGGAAACCCUAUUUGUGAAAAAAUUUGGGAUAGCGACAGUGAUACGUCAGGGAUUGCCGAAGAAGAUGAUGAAAUUGUUAAUGGAACUAUGCCACCGGCUCGAGUGGUUUUGGAAACGGAAAUAAAGUUCAACGAAGAGACAGCCAUAACUAUGACCAUUCUCGAAGAAAAAGCUACGAAUAGCGAAGAGGACGAGGAGGGCGAAGAAAGUGGCACCGACGUAAGAAACGAAACUGAAAUAACGAGCGAGCAUAACGAUAGAAGAAAAAAAACCCCUAGACGUGUACACUUCGGUGGUGAAAUUGUUAAAUUAAGGACACCCGAUAGCGACGAUACCGAAUCGGUUGUCGUAGCUUCCUCGAAAACUAGGAUACCCCUUCCAGUUUCUCCAGCCACAAAGAUGCCAUCGGAACGGCCACGUCGAAAAUCUAUAUCGCAGCCCAACAGUCCUCAUUUCGCUAGACGCAAUACCAAUAGAAUGUCCAGAUCGCUUUCCAGUAGUCCCAAGAGAGAAGUUUAUACACAUAAUGCUGAUCUAAGUCCAAAAAAGGGUAUCCUUACGCGAACGAACAGUCCUCUUUUCGUUAUCGAACCGAUCGAUCGUCACUAUGAUGAUAACAGAGAUAAACGUAAUGAUAAGACCAUAGAAAUGUCGAGUCGAUCGGGAUCACCGAAAUUAAAUAACAACGACGACGAAUCGAGUCGAUCUACCGUUCGAGUUAAUACCAUUGAAGAACAUUUCAAUAUCGAAGAAUUGCCCGAUGAUAUUAAGAAGGAAAACGAUCAUCGAAAAGAUAAAGAAGAUUUGAAGAACGUUAAAGAAGACAAACGAUUGUUUCGAUCGUUCAGCGUUCCAUCCAUGAGAUUGAUAGAAAGUAAUUACGAAUCGAAAGAUUUGCAGAGAAUAAAAUUUAUCAAAGAGCAAGACAAAAAUUUAUCUUUUUCGAAUAAUACAGAAGAACUUUUUUCGAUAAACAAUCAAGCUAAUGUUAUUGAACAUGACGAAAGUGUUAACGAUACGAAAAUCAAUAAUAGGGCUGUCUCUACGAACGAAUCGAAUCAUGAGAAUCUUGACGAUGAACGAUCGCUCGACGUUACUUCGAAAAUCGAUGAAAAGAUGAAGGAUAACGUUGGCAUAGGUACUACGUCAGGAUUAAAAUCGAACGAACGUGAAUCGACUAAUGUCUUACGAAAGAUUCAUAGUUCGAAAACUUUCAAACGAGAACGUGAUUCACGUUCGCCAACGAAGAUAGUUGAUUUCGAGAAUAUAGUCACUUCUCGUAAAUAUAAUGAACCUGAGGAAAUACGAAGAACUAAAACGAUUCAUGGAGUGGGAAAUGGAAACUUGACGCGUGCUGGCGACGGCAAGAACGAGGGUAAAUCACAGGAACCAAGUUGGGAAGAAUUGGGAUUGGUUAAUCAUGAAGUUUUGGAUGACCUCCAUAACAAGGAGGAUUGGCGUGCUCGCGUAAGAGGCCUCGAAAGAGUAGCAUCAGCAUUACGAACACCCUCGGCUCUAAUCGCGAUAGAGUCGCGAUUAGGAUCACUUUUGCAUGCUGUACUUGGCGGCGAAAGGAGCUGCCGCGUAGCGGCUGCUGGUUUAUCAGUUGCAAAGGUCGUCGUUGCUGGUGUCACCGAAGAUGCACUCAAACGAAAAUUACCUCAGCUCGCUUGGGGCCUGGCCAGGCAAGGUGGUCCUAGUGCUGCUCAAUUAGCAAGAAUUGCUAUGCUCAGAUUAAAACCUGCUUAUCUUUUGGAACAAUUUUUGCAACCUCAAUGUCUCGGGGCUAGAAAUGCUAAGACGAGAGAGAAUGCAUUGCAGUUGUUGAUCUUCUCUUUCGUCACUUUUCCCAGUACGGAGUUUAAAGUCGAAACCGUAGCACAUAAGGUUUCUCUUAUGGUGGGUGAUCGACGUCGUAGAGUACGACAGGCUGCUCUCGAUGCCUUGGCUGUUUUGGCACAGAUUUACGAACCCGAGGAGGUUCUACGCGCAGGGAAAAGAGCAUCGGCCAAUAGACACGACGGUGAGGCUAUGUUUUCAGCUAUAAGAUCUCGUCUAGCUAGAAAAUCAUUGCCUUUGGUCUCUGCCGAUGGUUUGGUCGUCUAUGGUCUACAAAUUUCACCGACCGUUCAAAUUGCUACCGGACCUGACGUUGACUGGAUCGUAGCCGGAAGUGGUUCGGUUUCACCUGGUACAGGACGUAGCAAACGUCAAAUUGCAACGGCCAAACCCGAUAAAGGAAAUUUUUUGAGGAAUAAGAAUGCAAAGAAAUAUGGCAGUCCAUGGACAAACAGGCAAAAUUUAUUUACACAUGGUAUCGCUUUACGUCCAACGAACGAGAAACCCGUAGUAUGGCAAAUAUUAUCUCAAAAUCAGGACGAUACUUUCUCUUGUUCAAACCAAGUUCAAGGAUUGGAAGAACGAAUCGAUGAUAUCGUUAAUGACAAUGAUGGUCAUUCACGUACGAAUCGAAAUAAUCAUAAUACAACUACAUCGAGCAAAGGAACAACUAUAAAUUUAAAUCGUCGAGAAACGACAGAAAUCAAUAUCGAUGAUAAUGGGAACGUUAGAUCGAUUGCGAAAGAAAACGCGAAUCUCCAAGAUGAUCGUGUAGGUCGGCCAUUGUCUCAAGAAACAUCUGCCAUUAAAUUGGAAUCCAAAAUUCCGAUAUUUUUCUCCCGAGGAAUGACGAGUACAAAGAUAAACGAUCAACAUUCUAAUAUUUUGUUGGAUAAUAGUUUUGAUCAAGUGAAUGUUAAGUUAAGAAAAAAGAUAGUUUACAAUUCGGAGAACAAAAAUAGCGGUUUUAAAUUGCGGAGUAAAAAUAUAGGAUUAGAGACAACGUAUCAACGACGAAAACGUCUUCAAAAAGAUGCCACGAUCUCUCCUAUGAAUUUAUUUGAUAAUCAAGUAACAAAUCAAACUUCUGAUUCGCGUAAUAAUACCUAUCGACCUUUAUCCUGUACAAUAAAUUCAAAGUACACCGUAGAGGGUCAAAAAAAUAUAUUGGACAAACAAAAUAUUACGUCAAAAGUCGUUUCUCAAGAUCGUCCUUCUAAAGUAUUAGUAAACAAAAGAUAUUCGAGAAGUUCCGAUGGCUACUCGAGAUUUCCAAGAACGAGUUCCAUAGAACGUCCACAUCCAAUAUCUGAAACUGAUCAACAAUCAAAAUUAUCAACCUUUCAAACAUCGAAUUCUGUUUAUCAACGACAAAAACAAUUUGUUACUGGACCGUCAUUUAAAACAUUAAAAACAGUUAACACCUCGUAUUCUCGUACUUAUCAAGAUGUAGAAAAUUCAAAUGAAGAAACAUUAAUUGAUAAUACUUCAUUUGGACAGCCAAGAAUAGAUCGGAGAAUUAACGAGGCAACGAGCCAACAACGUAUUGAGCCCGAAGAAAUAUCAUCGAGCACACGAACAGAUGAUGAUAUGUUUGUAAACAGUCCUUUUAGAAGGCGGAUACGUUCGUUAUCACCGUCACAACUUUAUCAUCAAGAACAAUUUGUCGGUACGGCUUUCAAGGAUUUGCAAGCAGCUUCUAUGUACGAUAUAGACAAAGCACCUGUGAACGUAGAAGAAUAUAACGAUAGAAAGAGCAAGGAUUAUUAUUUAUCAGAAACUAAUAUUUAUCCUAUCCAAGCUUUAAACAAUGAAGAAUCAUUUCAUCAAGAUUACGAAAGAAAAACAAGAAGAAUAAGAAGUGCUGAGAGUACAUCGUCAGAUCUAUCAGCAAGUGAUUCGAACGAAAGAAGAAGAAACCAACCUACUUUGCGAUCUCUUUUGGAAGAUCGCGAUCGAGAUGAGAGUGAUAAUAACAGCAUUGGCAUGUCGAUUUCGCAAAGUGAAAACAACGAGAAAGCUUUCGACGUUAUCUCUGAUAAAUCUCAAGAAAGGGACCCUGUCGAUUCCUACGUUUUAACGAUGAAAGAAUCAGAUGCUUCCAUCGAAUCAACAAGUACAUCAGCGGAGGAUGAAACUUCGAAGGAUUGGAGUAGCGAGGAAAGAAUUAAAUCGAGAAAUAAAAAAACGUCCAAACGAGAGAAAUUAGUUAAAAACGACAAUGAUUCAAAUUUAAAUAGCGAAAGUUCUGAUACAGUUGACAGAGCAAAAAAUAAAACGGAAUUACGUAGAAAAUCGAUAGUUACCAUUAUCUCGGACGAGGAUAUUCUUAUGAACGAAUUAUUAGUGUCUUCGGGUGAAUCUUUAGAGAUUAAUUAUAGAAUUGAUAGGAGAUCGCACGAUACUCCGACGAUUUCAUCUCCUGAAUAUUCGAAAAUUAUAACCAAAUCUGAUUCAGAGUAUAUUAAUUCAAUGGUUUGUAACGAUUAUUUGAACGUAUUUGGUUCACCGAGACGUGAUCUACGAAGUGUACAUUUAACAUCGAAUUUCGACAAGGAAGUUAAUGAAAUAUUGCAAGAUGUUAGCGAAGAAGUUCCCUCCGUGUUUGUCGAUCAAUCUGUGACUCAUCAGACUUUAGAAACAAAAAAGCCCGAUAGAUUAGACGACGUCAUCGAAUCCGCAGCAAGUUUAUUAAACAAACCUCCGGAAUAUAUUGAUAAUUCUAGAAACAUUGAAACGAGAAUGGAUUGGUCCGUUUCGGAAGAUAUUACUACUAAAGAAAAUGCUACAAAUAUGGCGUUUACUAAGAUACCUGUUUCUUCGGAAAGUUUCACAAAAUUAAACGAUAUUAAAGAUGAACAUAUAGAAAAUAAUGAGGCGUCUGCAAUUUUAAAAAUCGAACCACAAUCUGAAGAAAAUACAGAAGUCGUCAGAAAGAUGUCAUCUAGGGUACUUCGUAGUUCAACGAAAUCUAGAAACAUUUCUAACAAAUCGAGCAUGAAUCAACAUUCGGAAAAAGGAAUAGAUAAACAGAAACCUAUCGUACGGCAGUGUUUCAAUCAACUGGAGAAUGAAGACUGGGAGGUAACAAUAAAAGGACUUAAAUCUUUAUCUCAAUUGGCUAAACAACAUCCUGAAUAUUUGGAUCUUAAUAUCGGUGGUACGAUAGGUCGAUUAUUAGGUCGUCAUAUUAAAAAUCUUCGUUCGCAAGUAGCACGUGCUGCUUGUAUAGCUGCAGGGGAUAUUUUUAGUUGUCAAAUUCGUGGUAUAGAUCAGGAUAUCGAUGAUAUUGUUGGACCAUUGCUUCACAGAACAGCAGAUACGAAUCGUUUUCUACGUGCUGAUAGUAAUACAGCAUUAGAUCGAAUGGUCGAAUCGCUUCCUCCACAUAAAACUAUUGGUAUUAUCGUGUAUCGUGGUGCAAGUCAUCAAAAUGCAAUCGUAAGAGCAGCCACGGCAAGAUUACUAUUGUCGAUCAUAGAUCGUAUUGGAGCUGAACACGCUAUGAUAUUACCUCGUGACGUUAGAAAUAAAUUGCUUGGUUCAGGAGCUAAAUUAUUAAUGGACGGAAAUUUAGACGCAAGAAAUAAUGCAAAGAAGAUUUUCCGACGAUUAAUGAAUUGUGAGGGCUUUCAAAAAGCUUUGACCGACGCCGUACCAGAUACAACCUUGAGGCACAUCGAUAAAACUUUGAAAUCGCUUUAGUCGUAUGAUAAGCGAUUGUCACAUGUCACGAAUUAAUGUUUAAUAACAUAAAAAGAAGGAUCUGAACAUUAUAAAUAUUUAUUAAAAGUAACUUCUUAAUACUGCACCAUACCGGUGCAACAGGUAUCUAUAAUUUGUCAGCUAUUGUGAUGAGAAUUGUCAAUGAGUUUUAUAGAACUGAUCUAAUCAUUAUAAUUAAUAACGAACAUUUAAAGAUAAAAUCAAAAAUCAAAAAUAUGAUUUAACUGUCAAUGUAAAGAAACUUUAAAAAUUUUUUAUACGAUGGAGAUUGGUGUUGUUAAGAUCACAAAGGAGAAGAUCGAAAAGAUUUUGAGAAAUUUAACCAGCUGUAUUAUAAAAAUAACGAAUGAAAAUCAGAUUAUAUUAAGUCUAAUUUGUUCGUUUGAGCAAAAACUAUUUCAGGUAUUAUUUUUAAAAUGGCAAAAAUUGAAACAAGAUUUCCUGAUGUUAUGUCAGAAACCUUGUAUGAUGUUUUACAGGAUCCUGAUUGUAAAAAUAUUUGGGAUAUUCGUAUGAUUGAGUCGAAAAGCAUAGGAUUUUUUUUAAUUCAAAUAAUGACAUAGAAUAUUAUUCUGAUUAAUAUGAUUCGAAUCUUUAACGACUUGUGCAUCUCCAUUGAAAAAUAGAGAUUUUAUAUUAAAACAUUCUUGACUUGAGAUCGGAGAAGAGAAAUACAUCUUAAAUAAUUCUUAUUUGUCAAAAAUACUGCUCGCAUAGGAAAAUUUUUUUUUUAAUAUGACAUCUUAUUUAAUUCAUUUUAAUUUUGAAUAUUUGUGUAUACGAAAGCAAAGACUUUUCUAUUACCAAGAAAAGAAUGCUCAAAUUUUUAUUUAUAACAAAAUAAUAUCGAUACUGGUAUAACAACAAUUAUUCCAAGAUCGAUCGAACUUUAAUCAUUAUAAUGUAUAUUUGUUUUUAAUUGAUCUCUUCUCCCCUCAUCUACCUCCCCGCCCCAAUAAGUUUUCUUUUAUACGUCCCUUACUAUAGAUCAUUCGAUGUACGAUCGUAAAUCUAAUCGUCUUUCUAGUCGGCCGACUUUUAUUGGCCAUCAUUUUUUGAUAUUUAUGUCUUUAAUAUAUGUAUACAUAUAUAUACAUGUAUAUAUACAUAUAUUUCCUUUUUGAUAUUAUUACAUGAAAUACGUACAUAUUCAUAUUUAACACAGUACCAAUGGAAAUUUUAAUGAUUUAUAAUCGUAAGAGAAAUUUAUUCGACAGUGAAAAAAUCCAUUAUCGAAAGAACAAUAAGUGCAAUAUGCAGUAUGCAGUACAAUGGUUUGUAAGAUGAAUUUUUUUAAGUAAAUAUAUCGAACAAUAUGUUGUAUCUCAUUUUCUCUACUCUGAAAUAUGUUAUUAUUUUAUUUAACCCAUUUAGUAAGUAAACAAAUGAAAUAUUCUUCAUAAUUAUUUGACAAGAUGAAUACGGUAAAGAUAUUCGUAUUUAUUUAAUAUUAUUAUAGAUAUAAAUUUUAAUAUCAAUUUUAAUUAUAGCCAAACGAUGAAUCGACAAAUUUGAAUUUGAUCUCAGAAGAAGAGAUAAAUGAAAGAAACAUCGAAUUAACUAUUAUUACUAUAGAAAAUAUUGUAAGUUAUUUAUAAAAUAUUAUCACAUUAUGAAAAUAUUUUAUAAGAGUAUAUUUUACAGAUAAGAAAUGAAGAUACAAAUGUGAUCUUUUCUGUGGAACAUAAUUCAAAUAUAUUCGGAGAAAGUAAUCCAAUUAAAAUCGAAGCUGGUAUCAAAGAACCAUCACC